AUGCCGAGGCGAAACACUGCUCACUUUCUCCUCGUUCUGUCCCUCGUUCUCCUUCUUUCACUUCCACUCUUGCCUCCUAUGUCCUCCUCCUCCUCCUCCUCCUCCUCCUCCCCCUCCUCCUCCUCAUUCUCCUUCUCCUCUUCCCCUUCCCAUCAUCCUGUCCUCCACUUUCGUCUCCCCUCCCUCCAUAUACUAAGUCAACAUCAGCGAAAAGUGGUUUCCAAUGUCGCAGAACUCAUCGUCCUUCCCUGGAAGUCAAAAGCACAUACAAGUCUCCGAUCAGGGGGAUUUAAUUUUAAUAGACUAAGAUGCCAUUAAAUUUGACAGAAUAAGGCGCUGAUUCCAAAGGACAUAAGAGUGAACAAAACUGCCAGACAACAGAGAAUACUGUAGGAGAGCCAUGAGAGGAUAAGUAGAAAGUGUUUGUGGAACGCUUUCUUGCUUGUUUGCCAAGCGAUAACUGUCGACCAAAGCGAUCAGUCGAGUUAGUCAAAAGUAAAAAUAACGAAAUCCUAGUGUCUGUAAAAUGCCUGUUUAAGGAGAGAAAUACGUCAAGUACGGUUGUUAAGGGGAAGAACAAAAUCUGACUGCUAAGAGUAAAACGAUGACACGAAAGUUCUUCACUAGGUAGAGGGCAGAUGAAAAGCUAUCUGUAUAACGCCCUCUGUUUGCCAACUGACAGCGACCGAUAAGCCAUAAAUUCGCGGACCGAAAAAUCCUGCCAACAGAGUUUCGUAUGCGCUUAUGUCACAAGGGAUCCCAGUAUCAGAGAGAGAGGAAUGCGCUUUAUUUUUAAAUCAUAUGUUCACAAUUUUCAGCAAAACGUUGGCUCCAUUCACUAUGGGCAGUAAAUAAGUUAAUAGAUUAUUCAAGAGUCAAAGUUUAACACAAAUAAACGAUUGUUAUGGGGAUAGUUCAAGUCUUAGCUUCUGUAUUUCUGUCUCUUCGCACGUAAGAUAGCGCGCUAGGAAUGGCAAUACAGAAGCUCGAUAAGCCGAUGUGCGACAGCAUAUUAGACGGAAGUUGCAGCGCAUCGGGCGGGAAGACUUGGCAGACAUAAGAUCGGAAUGUAGGGGAUGGGCAACGUCAUCUAGAAUUCGACCAGCAAAUUGCUUGACCGCAUUGAAGUGUCGUUGUAAGAUUGUGUCAACUAAAAAAAUAUAAGAAACGCCAGCAGCAGAUGAGAGCAUGCGGAGGAUUCGUUUCAAAAUUAAAAGAUCCUUUUUUAACAAAGCAGGAAAAAUGACAGGGGAGCAGUAUAGGAUAAGAGGAAGAAUGCAGGCAUCAAUGAAUCGCCAGACUAAGGGUUGAGGUGUGUGGUAGGAACGUAAACGACGUAUGUAGUAAAGAAGUUUACGAACUUUAAUAAAUAGGACUCAAUAUGGAGGGAAAAUGAAAGAUUUGAGGACAACGUAACGCCAAAGCAAAUUGUAAGGGGUCGGAAAAACUGGGAGAAAAAGGCUUUAUGAUAUCUAGGGCAACUCUUUCAGCAAGCUUUAGUAUCGCAGAGGAGCAGGCAAUUGGGCGAAAAGAUUUAGGACCAAAGUUAGCAGGCUUUUUAGGGAUGGGAGUGAUUCUCACUGUAUGCCAGGCGUCGGGAAUCUUAGACGCCAUGAAAGACAUAUUGAUUAGGUGCGUUAAAAUAGGGGCUAUCUGAGAACUGCAAGAUUUAAGACGAAAAUGUGAGACAGCUGUUGAUCCACGGACCUUUUUAAGGUGUUUCUCUACUGUUGCCAAAGACACGGGUUGGAAUGUACUCGGUGAUAGGGGAAUGUCUUCUAAGGGAAGAUGGGAGGCAUUGUGACUAAAUAUAAAAUGUUUAUUUAGGGAGUCUAAAUCUGCAUCCACAUGCACCAACGUGUUGCGAUGGCCAGUGAGACGCUUAAGAUUUUUCCAAAUCUCAGCUGAGGAAGGGGGAAAGGGGGGGAGUAAGAAGAGGAAAAACGUUGGCUGACAAACAGGCUAUUUAGCCUGUCAAUCUCUGUUUUUAUUAAGACGGUAACGUCCUUAAGGUUAUCACGUAAGCCUAGCUUGUAAAGGAGUUCUUUUUUACGUCCUAACGAUUUCAGACAGGGGGAAGAAAUUCUAUCCGGUCGUACCAUAACAGUAUCAAAAGGGCAGCAAAUAUCGAAAAUUUCAUUUAAAAACGCUGUCAGGUUGGCAGAACAGGAUUCAACAUUAGAAUGUUCAAGGAAAGUGGUGAUAGUAAGAGAAAUGCAAGUCUGAUGCAUGAGAAUGUUUUGGGCGGACGUGUUGCGAACCUUAACCUUUCUCUCAGGCUUGGCUAGCAGUGCACGUUUUGAAGUGGAAUAGAUUUUUGGAAGGCACAAUAAAGUGGGAUGGUCAGAACCUAACAAUGGAGCCCUGUUUUUUACGCAAAAAAAGCUUGCUGUGGUUAGUCAGAAUAUGAUCAAGAGGGGCAUCUGCGCGAGUAUUAAAGGAGACAAGAUCAUCAAAGCCUAAAAGUGUAAGGGGACGUAAAUUCACGCGAUUAAAAUUACCGCAUAAGAGAGUAAGAUAAUCACAGGAUAAUAUAGCAAGUUUUUGUGAUAGAAAGUCGAAAAAACGGGUUAUUGCGCCUUCACAGGAAGAGGGGGGAAUGUAAAUACUGACAAAUAUGAUGCCUUUAAAAUUACUUAACAAACGGGGCUUACAUAAAACAGCGAUUGCAUCUAGUAAAUCAUCAGAGUAAGAAAAAAGGGACUUACAGUCUCUACACCAAUUUUGAUUAACGAAAAUUGCAACCCCUCCAACUCUGCCACAAGAUAAAGAUUUUCUAUCUGUUCGAAAGCAGUAGAAGGAUGGGGGAGUAAUAAGUUGCGAAUCAAUGUCACUAUUAAGCCACGUCUCUUGAAGGCAAACAACUUCAGUUUUGCUGUGUUCUUUUUUCGACAAAAGUAGCUCCAAAUCAUGGGUUUUGUUGAAAAUAGAACGACAGUUUGUCGACAAGAAGGCAGAAAUUGACAAUUUGUGAUUCGGCUGACGUUUGAAUGCGAAUUGCCAGCCACAACGGUGUUUUCUCCGAUGCAUAAGCCGUUGUUGACGAAUAUUUGAUAGAUUCAACACAGAACGAUCACAAAUACGACAUAUUGGUCGUAAAGUUCAACAGUUUGCAUCAUGGUCGUUCGUAAGUGAAAUUGCCAAUUUAAUUCCGUUCAAAAGGGUGGUAGCGUACUGUAGAGACGACCUCAUAAUCUGAGCUCAGACAAGCAAAGGAUGCAAAACAGUUCAAUAUAUCGAAGAGAAAAGGCACAAUAAUGUACAAUUAGUAAAAAUCCACACAUGAAUGGAGAGCUACAAAAAUGGCGGCUCAAAUUCAAAAGCCCGCCCAAGGCGACACAUAUCAAUAACACACGUUGGUGUACAAGGCAUCAUCCAAUCUUGCCAUAUCUCUCGCGCUAUUUGGACGAAGCCUAGCAACCCUCAUCAGUAGGUUCACCUGAGUUCCCCACCUGCUCUUUGUCAUAUGCUUCCGCUUUUAAUGACAGGCAGCAAAAUUUGCAGAAAGUUGGACCACUGAAGUGGGGUUUUUUGGCAGUCUGUUCCACAAGCUAUUGCAGACAGUAGUUUCCAUAGUACAUCUUAAUAUCAGGUGGGGAAUUAUGGUAAAAUCGAUUAUAGAAUAUUACUGCUCUUAAUAAACACUGCAUUUUCUCAGAACUGAGGGCGAUAACGCAGUGCAAUCGUUUGACAAACACCCCGCUUUUUGGCCUUUAGACUGACAUCGAUAUUUGACUCUGGGCCCAUCAGUAUCCACAUUUUGUCAAACGGCAUUCAGCAGUACAUAUAUAUAUGGGUACGUUUUUCCAGAAUGAAGUUUUCCAAAACUAAGGGUGUUCAAAGGUUGUGUUGGACAGAACAGACUAUAAUCAGAAAGCCAAAAGCUUGUUGGAGGAUCGCCAGCCCUAUGUCUCAUGCGAAUCCAACCCCAUAAAAAUGCUGGCACUCGAGAUUAACGCGACCCCCUUUGGCAAUGGAGAACUCAGGUGCAAUAUCGCCAAUCAGCCGACGCAUGGCGAUAGCACAAGAAACGGCCCUAGCCCGAUUCUACGGUCUCCCUAAAGUACACAAAGAGGACGCUCCUCUCCGGCCUAGCUUAUCACUAAAGGGCACUCCAACCUACGGACUGGCAAAGUGGCGCUUCCGAAGUCUCAAGUUUCUGACCUCCGAUUCGAACACCACAGUCAGCUCGUCAGCGCAAUUCUUGGAGUAACUUAAAGGAGUAAGUCCCCUGCCAAGCGAUGUCAUGGUUUCCUUUGAUGUCACGUCCCUUUUUACUUCUAUCCUACAGGACCUGGUAGUCGAGACCAUCGAGCUACUCCUACGAGAGAAAUACGACAAAUCGGAGAAUCGCCUCGGACACGCCUAAAUCAUUCAGCUCCUGAAGUUCUGCCUCAAAACGUACUAUACGUUCGACGGAACAAUCUAAGAGCAGGUGAAGAGAACGACAAUGGCUCGCCGAAUUGGGGACUCAUAGCCGAGGCGGUUCUGCAACGACUGGAGUCGCCGACGACACAGACCGAAAUUCUGGCCUCGGUAUGUGAAUGACACCUUCGUCGUCAUCGAACGGGAUCAGGUGCUGACGUUCAAAAAACGUCUCAACGCCGUCUUCCCGGACAUUCAAUUUACGAUGGAGGAGGAGGAGAACAAACAGUUGGCCUUCCUGGAUGUCCUCGUCUGCCGCAAAGAUUGUGGUGGCCUAAAAACCAAAGUGUUCAGGAAAGCGACAAAUACGACGCAAAUACUGCAAUUCAAUAGCAAUUAA